AUGAGUGAGGGUUGGAACACAAUUGAAUCCGAUGCGGGUGUCUUCACCUCGCUGAUAGAGAAUCUGGGCGUCAAGGACAUUCAGUUCGAAGAGCUCCUCACUCUAGACCCUGCGGAGCUGCUUGCGCUGCAGCCGGUGCACGGCGUCAUCUUUCUCUUCAAAUACCCGACCGACAAACCCUACGCCACGCCGGACGGCCCUCUCGACGGUAUUUUUGACCACGCCGCGUCAGAAAAGCUCUUCUUUGCGGCGCAGACGAUACAGAACGCGUGCGCCACGCAGGCGGUGCUUAGCGUGCUGCUGAACCAGACCGGGUCCGGCACCGUUGAUACCUCCUCGGACGCCGGCCGCAGCAGCAACAACAACGUCGACAUUGGCGAAAAGCUGCGCGACUUUCGCGAAUUCUCCAUAGUACUGCCGCCCGAGUUCCGCGGCGAGGCGCUCAGUAAUUCGGACCUGAUCCGCGAGGCGCACAACAGCUUCGCGCGCAGCAACCCCUUUGUCGACGAGACGCAACGCGACCCUCACGCCGAGGCCGAGGACGCCUUCCACUUUGUCGCCUACACGCCCGUCGACGGCACGCUGUACGAGCUCGACGGCCUGCAGCCCGCGCCCAUUUCCCACGGCACCUGCAGCGGCGACGACUUUCCCGCGCGCGUCGUCGACGUGCUGCGGCACCGCAUCGCGCGCUACGAGGCGUCGGAGAUUCGCUUCAACCUGCUGGCUAUGUGCCGCGACCUGCGUGUGCGCGCGCGUGCGUAUGGUGAUGCCGAGCUGUUAGAGCGCGAGGAGCGCAAGCGCCGCGAGUGGCGCUUCGAGAACGCGCUCCGUAGGCACAACUUUGUGGGCUUCGCGGGCGAGGUACUCAAGGGGGUGGCGACGGAUCGGUUACGCGCGGGUGGCGACGAGGGCAUUGAGGCGUGGGUAAAUGGGAGUCUGGAGAGGAGAAGGGUGACGGAGAAGGCGUUGCGAGGCAGGGGAGGAGCUGGGGAUGUUGACAUGGAGUAG